AUGAGCCUGCCUGCCCGGGUGCCGUCUAAUUCUGCAGAUGAUGAGCUCCACCCUUACACAAGGAUUUUGUCCCCACGAGAAAACCUGCUCGGAGGUGAGCCUGUCGGUAAGUUUGGCGUCCCGCACUUGCGACAGUUCUUUGAACAUAUAGGGCGCUUCCCUUCGCCCCUUUUGACGGCGACGGAGACGCACUCUCUUGGAAGGUCAUUCAUACCCGACGAUGAGACUGUGCUCGUGGACAUUGUGACCAGAUGGGGUGAACCGUCUCCAUCACGCGAAUAUAUGCGUUCUGGUCCACGGGAGUUUCUUGCAUUUCAUCCGCAAACGGUUCGCGCAGCUAUUGUUACUUGUGGUGGCCUUUGCCCCGGUAUUAAUACGGUAGUGAAAGAAAUUUACCAAUCGCUACGCAACAUCUAUGGCGUGAAGGAGGUUCACGGUGUACAAAUGGGCUACCGUGGCUUUUACACUGCCGAGCUCGAUACCAUUCUCUUGAACGACGUGUACCUGAAGGGAAUACAACAUCGUGGUGGCAGCGUUCUGGGCACCACAAGAGGCGGCUUCGACUUAGGGCUGAUUGUCGACUCGAUUGCUUCCAGGGGUUUCAAUCAGGUGUAUAUUAUCGGCGGGGAUGGCACGCAUCGAGGCGCAUACAAGAUCUUUGAAGAAUGCAUCCGGCGGAGACUCAUGGUUUCCGUCGUUGGCAUCCCGAAGACAAUUGAUAAUGAUAUUGCAAUCAUCGACCACAGCUUCGGAUUUGUUACUGCUGUCCAGGAAGCGCAGCGCGCUAUUCGGGCUGCUUACGUAGAGGCCACCUCCGGAUACAAUGGAAUUGGACUCGUGCGUCUUAUGGGACGAAACUCGGGCUAUAUCUCUAUGAUGGCUACGCUGGCGGCCGGUGACGUUGACGUCUGCCUCAUACCUGAGAUCGACUUCGACCUGGAUGGGCCUCACGGCUUGCUUGUGCAUAUCGAAAAUCUGCUUCGGCACAAGAAAUACUGCGUCAUUGUGAUUGCGGAAGGAGCGGGACUGCAGUAUACUCAGAAUGCUCAAGAAGAGAAGAAGGAAGUUGACGCGAGCGGGAAUAUUAAGAUGCAAAAUGUGGGGCUGUGGUUGGCCGAGAGGAUCAACAGUUGGUUCAGCCUCCGAGGAAUUGAGGUCAACCUGAAAUUCUUGGAUCCGACCUACGAGAUCAGAUCAGUUCCCGCCGUGGCGACUGACAACAUUAUGUGCACGUUGCUGGCGCAGAGCGCAGUACACGGAGCUAUGGCUGGAUUUACUGGCUUUACAUGCGGGACGGUGAAUACACACCACGUCAUGAUACCGAUGAAAGAAAUUAUCAGCAGAGGGCGAAAUCGUGUGGAUCUCAGCUCCCGUAUGUGGCAUCGAGUGCUCGCGGCGACCAUGCAGCCACCACUGAAGAACAAGUGA